GCGGGUGGUUUGGGAGCCCACGUGGGCUGGGUUUCGGGGUGCGCUGCUGGUGCUGCCUGCCGGGCCCUGGUGCCAUGGGGAAGCUGCGCCGGCGGUAUAACGUCAGGGGGCGCCAGCAGGCGGCCCCCGGCCCCUCGAAGGGCCCCCCCGAGCCGCCCCCCGUGCGACUGGAACUAGAGGAUGAGGCCACGCUGAAAGGAGUCGAUGCGAGCAAUGCGCUGGUGCUGCCGGGGAAGAAGAAGAAGAAGACCAAAGCCCCCCCCUUGUCCAAGAAGGAGAAGAAGCCUCUGACCAAGAAAGAGCGGAAAGUGCUGCAGAAAAUCUUAGAACAGAAGGAGAAAAAGAGCCAGCGAGCAGAGAUGCUACAGAAAUUGAGCGAAGUCCAGGUUUCGGACGAUGAGAUGAAGCUCUUCUAUACCACGUCCAGACUGGGCACCGGGCACCGCAUGUACCACUCCAGAGCGAAGUCCCAUGAAGUCAUAGCCCAGGAUCCAGAGAGGAUCAGCAGCCUCAGUGGGGCCCACCGGAAGCGCUGUCGUCAGGAUUCAGAGGAGGAAGAGGAGUCUGAUUGCUCGGCAGAGUCUGAACUUGAGGAUGAGGCCCCAGGCGUCGAGCCAGAGGAGGCUGGUGCAGGCACAGUAGUGGCCGGUGUGCCUCCAGAGGCCACCGGCGAGAGCCCAGUGCCCAGCACUCAGCCAGCUCCAUCUGGGACCCCUGCUAUUCCUCCAGCCGCUCCGGAAGCAUCUUCCACCCUGGCCAGGCCCCCUGCAAAGCCCGCCAUCUUCGUCCCUGUGAACCGCUCCCCUGAGAUGCAGGAAGAACGACUGAAGCUCCCAAUUCUCUCUGAAGAGCAAGUGAUCAUGGAGGCGGUGGCUGAGCACCCCGUUGUCAUCGUGUGUGGGGAGACCGGCAGUGGGAAGACCACGCAGGUGCCCCAGUUUCUCUAUGAAGCAGGCUACAGCAGUGGGGACAGCAUCAUUGGCAUCACGGAGCCCCGCCGAGUCGCCGCCGUAGCCAUGUCCCAGCGAGUGGCCAAGGAGAUGAACUUGUCUCAGCGGGUCGUCUCCUACCAGAUCCGCUACGAAGGAAAUGUGACGGAAGAGACCAGAAUCAAGUUCAUGACUGAUGGUGUGUUGCUCAAGGAAAUCCAGAAGGACUUCCUGCUGCUGAAGUACUCGGUGGUGAUCAUCGACGAGGCCCACGAGCGCAGCGUGUACACCGACAUCCUCAUCGGACUCCUGUCCCGCAUCGUGUGUCUGCGGGCGAAGAGACAGCUGCCGCUGAAGCUGCUCAUCAUGUCGGCCACGCUGCGGGUGGAGGACUUCACCCAGAACCAGCGGCUCUUCGCCCAGCCGCCCCCCGUCAUCAAGGUCGAGUCCCGGCAGUUCCCGGUGACGGUGCAUUUUAACAAGCGGACGCCCCUGGAAGACUACAGCAGCGAGUGCUUCCGGAAGGUCUGCAAGAUCCACCGCCUGCUGCCGGCAGGCGGCAUCCUGGUGUUCCUGACAGGGCAGGCGGAGGUGCACGCACUGUGCCGCAGGCUGCGGAGAGCCUUCCCACACGCCAGGGCCCGGCUGCCAGAGAAGGACGAGCAGAAGGACUCAGCCGAGGGGAUGCGCAAGUUUAAGAAGUCGAGGACGCGGGCCAAGAAGGCGCAGGCGGCGACAUUGCCCCAUAUCAGUUUGGACAGUUACUCGGUGCUGCCAGUGGGCGAAGAGGACAGGGAGGCGGAAAUGGAUGAGGAGGAGGCCCUGGGCUCCGACCUGGAUCUGGACCUGGGGGACGACGGGGCAGACAGAGGUGAGCAGCUGGAUGCCUCGCUCCCCCUGCACGUGCUCCCCCUCUACUCCUUGCUGGCGCCUGAGAAGCAGGCACAGGUCUUCAAGCCUCCCCCAGAGGGGACUCGGCUGUGCGUGGUGGCCACCAACGUGGCCGAGACGUCCCUCACCAUCCCGGGCAUCAAGUACGUGGUGGACUGCGGGAAGGUCAAGAAGCGCUUCUACGACCGUGUCACCGGCGUGUCGUCCUUCCGCAUCACCUGGGUCUCCCAGGCCUCGGCUGAUCAGCGUGCAGGCCGUGCCGGCCGCACAGAGCCUGGCCACUGCUACAGGCUCUACUCCUCGGCGGUUUUCGGAGACUUCGAGCAGUUUCCUCCUCCUGAGAUCACCCGGAGGCCCGUGGAAGACUUGAUCCUGCAGAUGAAAGCUCUCAACAUCGAAAAGGUCAUCAACUUCCCCUUCCCGACCCCUCCCUCUGUGGAGGCCCUCAUUGCUGCCGAGGAGCUGCUGGUGGCGCUGGGUGCCCUGCAGAUGCCCCCACGACCAGACCGGGUGAAGCAGCUGCAGAAGUCCCGGCUGAGCAGCCCCAUCACCGCACUGGGCAGGACCAUGGCCACCUUCCCUGUGGCGCCACGCUACGCCAAGAUGCUGGCACUGAGCCGGCAGCACGGCUGCCUGCCCUACGCCAUCACCAUCGUGGCCGCCAUGACUGUCCGGGAGCUGUUCGAGGAGCUGGACAGGCCGGCCGCCAGCGACCAGGAGCUCGCCCAGCUGAAGGGCCGGCGCGCCCGGGUGGCCCAGAUGAAGAGGGUCUGGGCAGGGCCGGGCGCGUCCCUGAAGCUCGGGGACAUCAUGGUGCUGCUAGGUGCCGUGGGGGCCUGCGAGUACGCCGGCUGCUCGCCCCAGUUCUGCGAGGCCAACGGGCUGCGGUACAAGGCCAUGCUGGAGAUCCGGAGACUGCGCGGCCAGCUCACCACCGCGGUCAACGCCGUGUGCCCAGAGGCUGGGCUCUUCGUGGACCCCAAGAUGCAGCCGCCUUCUGAGAGCCAGGUGACCUACCUGCGGCAGAUUGUGACAGCCGGCCUGGGCGACCAUCUGGCCCGCAGGGUCCAGAGCGAGGAGCUGCUGGACGAAAAGUGGAGGAACGCCUACAAGACGCCGCUCCUCGAUGACCCCGUCUUCAUCCACCCCAGCUCCGUCCUUUUCAGAGAGCUCCCCGAGUUUGUGGUCUACCAGGAAAUCGUGGAGACCACCAAGAUGUACAUGAAAGGCCUCUCGGCCGUGGAGAUCCAGUGGAUCCCGGUGCUGCUGCCUUCUUACUGCCAGUUCGAGAAGCCCCUAGAGGAGCCCCCACCCAUCUACUGCCCCGAGAAGGGGCGGGUGCUGUGCCACCGGCCCAGCAUCUUCUACCGCGUCGGCUGGCCCCUCCCCGCGGCCCAGGUGGACUUUCCAGAGGGCAUCGAUCGCUACAAACACUUUGCCCGGUUCCUGCUGGAAGGACAGGUCUUCCGCAGGCUGGCUGCCUUCCAGGGCUGCUUGCUGUCCAGGCCCAGCACCAUGCUCAAGACGUGGGCCAGGCUACAGCCCAGGACGGAGAGUCUCCUGAGAGCCCUGGCAGCCGAGAAGGCUGACAACCAAGAUGCCAUGCUGGCUGCCUGGAAGAAAAACCCCAAAUACCUGCUGGCUGAGUACUGCGAGUGGCUCCCCCAAGCCAUGCACGCCGACGUCCAGAAAGCCUGGCCCCCCACUUCCGACCGCUGACCCCUGGCCUGCUGGCCGAGUGCUGCGAGUGGACCCCCAAGGCCGGGCACGCUGACAUCGGAAAAGCCUCGUCCCACCGCUGAGCGCUGAUGGGGCUGGCCGCAGGGCCGGGACUGCUCCGGGAGGCUGGCCAGCCUGGGACGCUCCUUACCUCAGCCCCGCAGCUGUCCGCCCCCUGGCGGUGGCUCUCGGUGUGACCGUAGUACGUGCCGGCCGGCGAUUGCCGGUGCCUGGUGGUGUGGACGUUAGUCCCUGCGGGGUGGCACGGCCUUGGGCUCAGUGGCCAGAGCAGGAAGGGUCCUGCCUCUGCACCACUUUGUUCAGGGGAAGGGUGGCCAGGGGUGGCGUGUCCCCGACGUGGUCGGCUGCCUCACACCCUGCGUGGGCUCUGCCGGACAUGCCCACACAGCCUUCCCGUGGACCGCGAGCCCACGCCCUGAGGACCCGACCCUUCCCUGCCUCUUCCCCCAGUGUGAGGGAGGAAGGUAGAGGACGUGGGGGGUCCCCAGGUGAGCAGGAGGAACAGACUUGCAGGCCCUAGAUUCCCCCGUCACGGCCUCUCGCGGCUGCAGCCUUUGGCAGGGGCAGGGUGAUUGGGGCUGUGAGGUAAAGUACCCUCCACCCAGGUCGUCUUGCCUGAUGGACACGCAGGUGGCACCGCGGCCCAGGGCUGGGGCUGGGCAGCAGGGCUCCCCCGGGCCAGCUGCCCUGCUCUCCGGCGCCUGUGGCGGCCUCGCUGGGUGUUCCUGCCGCCCAGGCUGCUUCGGGACUCGGCAGCUGCCCUUUUCCCCGUCCGUCCUUGAGGCCAGGCCCUUCUCGCCCCUCACCCUCCCUGGACCUUAGCCCUCCAGUGCCUUCAAGGUGAGACCCCCGUGGCCACAGACCGCACAGCAAUAGGCGAAAGUGGGGGGUCAUUCCCCCUCCGAAAUCUGGGCUCCAGCCUCUCCGGGAAACCAGGCCGGCCUCACCGGUGCUGGCUGCUGUGCCGAGGGAGGAGCCGCAGCCCACCCCCGCCCACCUUCCUGUCAGCUGCGGGGAGGAAACUACCUGGGCAGGGUUUCGACCUUGGGGUUUUUGGUUUUGUUUUUGAGAUACCGUUGACCUGUACAGAUCUCAUCACUCUGAAGUGUACAGUCAGUGGCGUGUGGGUGUGUGUUUGUGAGAGGGAGCUAGAGACACAUGCACACAGAGAGAGAGGUGGGUAACUUAUCACUAAUUCCAGAGCAUUUUCCUGACGAAAGAAACCCGGGCCCCGUCAGCAGUCAGCCCCAGCCCCAACCAGCUGCCGGCCUCCCCCAGGCUGUCACUCGCCUCUAGAGCUCGCACAGCACCCGCUCCCGAGUCUGGCUCCUCGGGGGAGGCGCCCGUGAGCACGCCGCUCCUCUUCCCAGCCGCUCCUCUUCCCCACUGUUGGCCACAGCACACCUUGCUCACCCACACGCCGGCUGCUGGUCGCGAUCGUUUCUGCCUUUCACCUGUGGUGAAUGCAGCCUUUAUUGCCCAUUUCAUCAGGUUCCUCAUCUCCCUGAGCUUGUGAGGGUUCUGGAAACACCCGUCAGGUGACAGGCAGGUAUUCUCGCCUGUUCAAGUUGCUUUUGCACUUUGACGGUCCCUUUGAAAUAAAAGGAUUUAGUUUGGACCAAA